CUUACUUUCGCGGUCACUACGGAAGGUGGUACUUCGGCUACUGUAUUUAUUGACUAAAUCUUGACCGAGCGAGAUCGCGACAACUGUUGAAUAAGCAGGAGAUGAUGUUUGACCCAUUGUUUUAUACUACUUCCGGGUCAGCUCCGAGUGACUUCCUGUUUGCUGGAAGUUACGAGAGCGUCCAGUAGUCCUGAAAGUUUUUGUCCUUUCAACGCAAAAUAUACCACAACUUCCGCGAUUUUAGACAGCCGAUUGGCGUUUUCCUGAAAGACAAGGCUUCGGGUUUGUUCAGCACCAGAUAUACAAAGAUGGCAUCAACAAGUAACGUGCAGACUUUGGAUAAUGUCAGGAGAAAGGAAAAGAAAGGUUUGCAAUGUAGAAGGGAAGAGAAACCCUACAGGUGUGAGGAGUGCAGCAGGCAGUUCAGUAAGCUGAGUCAUCUUAAGGGUCAUGUGCGGACUCACACAGGGGAGAAACCCUACAGUUGUGAGGAGUGCAGUAUGCAGUUCAGUCAAAUGUGUGUUCUGAAGACACACAUGCGGACUCACACAGGAGAGAAACCGUACAAUUGUGAGGAUUGUAGUAUGCAGUUCAGUCAACUGAGUGCCCUGAAGGGUCACAUGCGGACUCACACGGGGGAGAAACCCUAUAUGUGUGGGGAGUGCAGCAAGCAGUUCAGUCAGCUGGGUAAUCUGAAAAGACACAUGCGGACACACACUGGGGAGAAAUCCUACCAGUGUGAAGAGUGCGGCAGGCAAUUCGGUGAGCUGAAUAAUCUGAAGAAACACAUGCGGACUCUCACGGGGGAGAAACCAUUCAGGUGUGAGGAGUGCAGAAAGCUGUUCAAUGAACUGGGAAAUCUGAAGAGUCACAUGCGGACUCACACAGGGGAGAAACCCUACAUGUGUAAGGAGUGCAGCAGACCGUUUAGUGACCCUGGUGCUCUUAAAAUGCACAUGCUGAUACACACCAAGGAGAAACCCUACAAGUGUGAGGUGUGCAGCAGGCAGUUCCGUCGGCUGGAUAAUCUGAACACCCACUUGAAAACUCACACGGCUGAGAAACCCUACACGUGUGAGGAGUGCAGCAGGCAGUUCAGUGAGAAGGGAAAUCUGAAAAGACACAUACGGACUCACACAGGUGAGAAACCCUACAAGUGUGAGGAGUGCAGCUGGCAGUUUAGUGAGAAGGGUAAUCUGGAAAGACACAUACAGACUCAUACCGGUGAGAAACCCUACAGGUGUGAGGAGUGUAGCAGGCAGUUCAGUAGGUCGGAAAUUCUGAAGAACCACAUGCGGACUCACCGAGGAGAUGCCCUUCAAGUGUAGGAGUGCCGCAGACAUGUACAGUUCAGUAAUCUCAUGCAAACACACAAGUAAGCAAGAUAUGCGAGUGUAGAAGUAAUGCAAGAAGAGAGAUGCUGGUCUGGCAUUGAAUUUAAAGGAUCUCAUGCCAACAUACUUUGUAGAUUUAAGUUUUUUCCUUGUUUUAGGUAUUGUAUUUUCCUUUUUGU